AAGCUCUACGGGUUAUAGGCCAUUAGACGACCAAUCAUAACGGAAGGCAUAGCUUUGCUUGGGGGAGCUUUUCGUAUCUUGACAAAUGUUAACAAAGUCUCAGUGUUUCUGAUUUUGAAACACUCUGAAGUGGUUUGUUAUCGGAGCCUUUUACGCUUCAUUUAACUAAGAACCCAUCACAUGUCAAAGUCUUCGCGUCAAGAGUUCAUACGGACGACUCGCAGGAAAGAAAUGGCACAAAGUUGUUCAGUGUUGGGCUUGUUUAACAUCUGAGUCAUUGAAGAUGGACUCUGGAACGAUACGAGUUAACAAAAGGCUCAUCGUUCGAGCGAAUCCAGAAGUGAAUCAACGAAAAUUAGUGGUGAGACACGUUAAGCCUUGUGAUGAUGUUCACCCUGUGGGUUUUCGAGUUCAGUCCAAGAUAGUAUCAUCAGCACCAGAACAACAGCAAAAGGUUGUACAAGUUAGUGUACCAAGACAGGACUUGCGAGCUGCUCAGUUUGGAAAACCACAACAAAACUAUCGUGGCCCUAAAUACAGCAUCAAUGUACCCUUGAUCCAACUGAACAUCACUAACAAAGGGAUAGAGCCCUACCCUUCGCUUUCUGUCCUUAUAUAUGAUGCUCUUCUUCAUCGUUAUUCCGAGUGUUAUGUGAAGGUACCUUCAACUCUCACAGUAAAACUAAACUAUAUUGUAAAAUCUUUUAGUGUUUCAACUUAUGUCUGUAAGCAAUAUUAA